AAUUCUGCAAGUAGUUCUAAUUUACUAUCGCUGUUCUCUAGCUGGUCUAAAACUGCUUUUAACCUAAAGGGAUGCUUUUUGGACGCCAUGGACGUUUCUCAGUUUCCAGGCAGAAAGAACAGUAAAAAUGCAGGCAGGGCACAGGACAAAGCACUAGGGACAAAAUGUAUGUGAAAUGGUUGGAUACAUGAAUGUCAGUUUUUAAAAUUUUUUCAUUUCCCGCCGAUUACGUCCCCUGUACGUCCCGUACAUCCCGACGCUCGCAUGGACCGGAACUUGGAAGACGGAUGCUGACAUAAGAGAUGGCCAGGGACUCUGCAGGGGGGACAU